CCGGUGCCAUAGUGAAAAAAAACUGCGCGUAAGUAGGAACUGCACAUUAUCCAACGGAGACUGCACUGUAGGGCAAGCGGAGAUAAUACCAGCCAUGGGUAAAGAUCCUAACAAGCCGAGGGGGAAGAUGUCCUCUUAUGCGUACUUCGUCCAAACGUGCAGAGAAGAGCACAAGAAGAAACAUCCGGACACUUCAGUGAAUUUCUCAGAGUUCUCCAAGAAGUGUUCAGAAAGAUGGAGGACCAUGUCUGCAAAAGAGAAAGGAAAGUUUGAAGACCUAGCUAAGAGUGACAAGACACGUUAUGAGCGUGAAAUGAAAGAUUAUAUUCCACCUAAGGGUGAACAAGGAAAGAAAAAGAAGGACCCAAAUGCCCCGAAGAGACCACCAUCGGCUUUCUUUGUGUUCUGUUCUGAACACCGUCCAAAGAUCAAAGCUGAUUAUCCAGGUAGUUCCAUUGGUGAUACUGCAAAGAAAUUGGGAGAAAUGUGGUCCAAACUAACGGCCAAAGACAAGGUGCCCUUUGAACAGAAAGCACUUAAACUAAAGGAAAAAUAUGAAAAGGAUGUUGCAGCAUAUCGUGCAAAGAACAAGGGUGAUUCUGGAAAGAAGGCACCAGGCAGGCCAACUGGGUCAAAGAAGAAGGUUGAACCAGAGGAGGACGAGGACGAUGACGACGACGAGGAGGACGAUGAUGAGGAGGAGGAUGAUGAUGAUGACGACGACGAGUGAUGUGCCUUUUGAGCAUGAAGACUUAAGCUGGAAUUUUAUUUACAAAACACGAAUGUGAACUCAAGCAGCUAAACAUUUUACUUUUUUUUUUUUUUUUAAAUGUACAGAAGUGUAUAGCUGUCAAACAUACUAUGGUCAAGUACUGUUUUGUAAUGUAAGUAGCUGAUCCUGAAAGCACUGCUUCUUUUCUUUGUUUUGCUUUCCCCUGGUAUGUGGACUUCCACAGCCUAUUCAAUUUUAACUACUUGUAGCUUAUCUAGGGAACUUAGGACAUUGCAGUUAAAUUUGUGGAUUUUUUUUUUUUUUUACAUGAAACUUAUGCUUUUGUUUUGACUUCAUGUAUAGAUCACAAUUUUUAUAAUAAAAACAUGUAUAUUG